GUACGCAUGUCCUUUGAAGUACCCCUUCACAGUAAAUACAAAGCGGAGAAGGGGAAUGGAUACACGCAAGGUAGAAAGACAAACGUCAUCUUCCUGAAGGACGCGCAGCUAGGCAGCCGCGUGCACGCGCUCUCCGGUCAGACUGGCCCGGUCCCCACGCCUCCCGCGCGCCGCCUCCGAAAAGCCGUCGUGCUGCUCACAGGCGCACGAUCCGUUCGCACUCGGGACAGCAUGACAGGAGGGAUCAAAGACGAAGCACCUGAGGAUUUCCCCCACUCGCCAUUCAUAAGGAAACAAGGAAAUAUAUACAAACCUAAUAAUAAAACUAUGGAUAACGACAGCAUUAACGAGAAGACCCUGGAAGAUGUUCACACGAAGGAAAUUGACCUGGUUAAUCGGGACCCCAAGCACUUGAACGACGAGGUAGUGAAGGUGGACUUCGAGGACGUGAUCGCCGAGCCCGCGGGCACCUACAGCUUCGACGGCGUGUGGAAGGCCAGCUUCACCACCUUCACCGUUACUAAGUACUGGUGCUACCGGCUGCUGACGGCGCUGGUGGGCAUCCCGCUGGCACUGAUCUGGGGCAUCUUCUUUGCCAUCCUCUCCUUCCUGCACAUCUGGGCCGUGGUCCCAUGCCUCAAGAGCUACCUGAUCGAGAUCCACUGCGUGAGCCGGGUCUACUCCAUCUGCAUCCACACCUUCUGCGACCCCUUCUUCGAGGCCGUUGGAAAGUGCUUCAGCAGCAUGCGUAUGCGGCUGGCCAAGGAGGUGUAACACUGGGAACGGACCAGUAGGAUGCGGUCAAAUAUCCAAUCUGAGCAGGGGCAGGUGUAGGGAGGCUGCUUAUAUAUCUAACUGCCCCCCUACCCCACACAAGCUCCUCAUUACCUCCCCCUGACCACAGAUACAGGAAAUCAGCAGUCAUGACUUCCUGUUGUUGUAUUACCCUUCCUACAGUUCUUUCUUCCCCAAGCAUUUAAUGGGACUCAUUCCACAUCUUUCGCUAAUUUACUUUGCAACGGGCAAAGUUCUGUUGCGGGAUACUAAACGAGAGCCGCAGAGAGAAGGUUCCCCCGACGGCGGUGAAUGCAGACGAGCUCAUCGCUUAUGCUCUCGCCGCAGGUGCUUCUGAGAAACUCGUAGUUUCAAAGACGAAAUGAUUCUAGCCACCCUGUCACAAGCUUGUAUUUCCUGUUUUCACGCCACAUAACUAGACCCUUAAGCCUAACUCAAAACGCCAUUGCAGAGCUCUUGCACAAAGCUGUCAUAUCUUACUCAAGUGCCACAGUGGGGCCUCACCUUCCCAUGCCUAUAAAAUCACUGUAAACACGAGGUAGACCUCGGUCUUGCUGUAUUCGCUGAUAGUUGAGUCCUUACUGUUCUAUGUAUAUUAAAUGAGAUGAAACUCCUCAUUCAUUCUGAGCACAGACACUGGUCGGGACCUCUUCAUACAUCAGUCUUAAAUGUUCCUUCACUUUCAUUUGAAGACCAUUAGAUGGGUGCUUUUUGCAGAGACCAGCUCACUUUGACAUCGCGACUGCACGCCUACUAUUCUUGAAGAGCGUAGUUUGAAUAUUUUUUAUGUGUAUUGGAGUUUACCUGCUUUUACUGUAUUUCUACAACCUGAGCACAUUAAAAUCUGCUUUACCUGUC